AUUCAGAAAACCUUCGAUCUGAGGUACAGCCUGCAAGUAAAUUAUGCAGGCAUGAACCACAACCUGGCAGUUCACAGACCAAAGACCUGCCAGCGAUGAUCGACGUACGCAGGAAGGAGUCAAGCAAAGCUGUAAAUCAAAGGAUCCAGAAAUUGGAGACCCCUGGUUCUCCAGAGAUUGUUCAGAACCAGGGACUAGGCAUCGUGAUCAAGGGGUCAGCUGCGACAACGCAGGCCGGUGGCAUUCUUUUGCCCACAAAAUUUGCCAACCAACAUUGGAUGAUUUCAUCACAAAUGAACCCUCAGCUGCAGCAGCGGGGUCAGAAAUUGCUUCCUGCAGGGUCAGAGGGCAACCCGAAUGAUCAGGAUAGUCGAGAGUAUCAGGACCUGGUGAGGUCAUUUAAUGUGAAGACACAGGUGAGGAAAAACUGCAUGCCAGAACAGCAGACGGGGUUGUUUGCCAGUGGGCAACAGCGAGACUUGCAGAAGGCUUCUGUGCUGCCCGUUUCUACAGGAAAUUCCCAGAGAAUGCUGCUUCCAAAUCAGCGAGUGUACCAGCCAGCGUCUGCUCAUCUGGGACCAGUCUCAGAAGGUCAUAUGGCAGCUGGACCACUGUUUGGGUUGUCUGGCGUUCGAUUAUCUGAAGUUGCUGAAAGGUUUCCGCCCGGAGCAUCUGGAAAUAUUCCACACAUGGAUAUUUUGAUGCAAUCUGGUGAGGAAACUUACAGGCCAAAGUUAAAAGGUCGGCGGGGUCAUGGAAGCCAAGAUGAAAAGUAA